AUGAAGUUCACUACAGUCUCUCUCCUUGCCCUAGCUGCAGGAGCAUUUGGAACCCCCGUGUUGAAGCCAUUUGGACCGGACGGCGUGCCUGCCACUCUCGUCUCGACCUCUAACCCCGAACCAACCAUCUCCAGCGAAAAGACCCUGAGUCCGACUGGUCACGCAGAUCUCGACAUGCGUCAAAAUCUCCGUCGAGACGACGAGAAGAAAAUGCGGACUUCCUGCUUCGUGUCGCCGACUAGUCCCUUUGUCUUCAUGAUGACCUACGAGAUCACCGCAGAGAACGUUGACAACGUCUCCAAAGUCUGCAGAAGUCUCCGGGAAAACCUCAGGCAGUUUUUCAUGUGUCUGGGGCCACAUGACUAUGAGUGCUCUGAGACUGAGCGGGGUAAGCUUUCCUGGAAAUUUGAAGUCAGCAUGGGCUGCGAGCCGGCGAUGGUUGGAGCUACGUGGUGGGAUGCCACGGAGAACAAGUUUGGGCCCUUGGCUUGUUACGCCAAAAACGCCAUUUAG